GAAUUUGUUUAGCGAAACCCAGGCCCAAUAUAGUGUUGUGGGCUUCAAAGGCUCCACUUUCCAUCUUCAAUUCGUUUCUUUUCUCUCUCACAGAGUGACGUUUCCCAGAGAUGGAACAAGGAGAUGCCAAAUCACCCACCAAUUCACAACAAACUGUUUCUGAUGAUGAAGAGAUUGACUACGCAACGAAACCAGAGUUUUAUGAUCCUGACCUUGACGAAAAGGAUGAAAAGUGGAUUCAUAAAAAUAGACAUGGACGUGAUUCUGAUGCGGUGCUUUGCUGCCCUGCUUGCUUCACCACACUCUGCCUAGAAUGUCAAAGGCACGAGAAAUAUUUGACCCAAUAUAGAGCGAUAUUUGUUACAAACUGCAAGAUUGAGGAUAAACCAGUUAUGAUGCAAAGUAGCUCAACAUCAAGAAAAAGAAAUAGAAGGGACAAAGAAUUUGGUGGGAGCGAUGCAAUUUCAUCUAGUAAUGAAAAAUUAAAACAAGUCUGCUGCGCUGUUUGUUCAACAGAGGUAGGUGUCUUUGAUGAAGAUGAGGUUUAUCAUUUCUUCAAUGUACUCCCUAGUGAAUGAAUGCUGACAUAGCAGUGGUUUUGCUGCUCAAUCCCUCUGCUGAAAUGUGAGUUUCACUGCCUUGUAAAAUUCAAAAAAGUUGCUGUAAUAUCUCUUUGUUUAGAUCAAAGAAAGCACAUUCCCCUCAUAUUGAAAGAGGUUCACCGUUAGUAAUUAAAUCAACACUACCAAAAGUUUUUACUAGCAAUUUAAUAUGCAUGUUGCAAAGAAAUCAAGUUCUCACUAAAACAUGAUCUAUAGAGAUAGAUCACAAAAACUGCGCGGCCUAAGUUAGAGUAUAUACAUAGACAAAAGGCUGAGACGCUUUAGUAUGAAUGAUUCUAAGAAAUGAUUCAUAUCUAUGUAACAUGUCUUAUGUCUAUCAAAGCGUUUCGCUUUGUUGUUAUUGCUUGUGCUUUUUGGUUUUUGCCAUAUCGUUCUCCCCGUUCUUGUAGCCGUUUUUGCCACUGUCUCGCUGUUUCGCCUCCCUCGUUGGUAAUUGUUGCAAAUUUAAGUAUAGCAACAGGGAUGUAUGUCACUGGACUGGACAGCCAGGUUACUCCAGCUCAACAUAUCACUGUCAUUAUGCAGUUGAGUGUCAGUGAAACCAAGGUUGGUGCAAUCUAUAUCGCAUAAUAGAAACCAAUGAUAUAAUAUAUCUAAAAUAAUGCACAAUAUAACAUGUUAAAGAAAAUACGUGAUGAUGUCGGAUGCAUAAUAUGGCACACAAAAUACUACCUAAAUAAUACUAACCAGAUGUCCCAAAAAAGAAUGCAUCAUGCUGCAUUGCACGAAAACUAAUGCGCUUUUUGUCUAACCUCUUCAUUUGUAUUUUAAGUAUCGGCAUCCUUCAAAGUCUCUUAAACAUCAACGUGGGCAUCAAUGCCCUUCUGUACAAUCCCACUAGAUUGUAAUUUAGAAGCCAAGUCUCGGAUGCGAGCAUAUGCAAGAUAAUAUCACUCAUAAUGCCACCUUCAUUUAGUGUUGCCUCCUUUGCAAGAUAAAUGACUGUCCUUCCAAAUUGAGAAUCAUAUAAGUAGUUGUUCUCGUAUAAAAUAUACUAAAACCUUUGUUUCUUGUUUAAUGUAGUUAGAGGAUUAACUACAUCUUAAAAUAUCACCUCAUGCAUUUAUAUAUAGUUUCCCAACCAUGUAGGAUCUGGACACCUCGGUUCUCAGACAAAAUAUGUUCCUUGUACUAAACACAUGAAGAGCAAAGACGAUAAGAUGCUUGGGAGUAUAUUGCUUGUACACGAACUAGCACCAAACGCGCUCAAUAAGGUAUCAUACCUUAUGCAAUCCGUAUCUUAUCAAACUAGAAUAGAAGUAGUUGUCAUCUAGUGGGUGGGUGCGUGUCUCAAUAAGUGGCAUAGUUAUCAAGCAACACAUACUGCGUUACAAUAAGUGGCAUAGUUAUCAAACAACACAUACUGCGUUAGUAAUCAAUUUCAUGCACUAUCGAUACAAUUAUGUAUUAGAGUGAGCUUUCAUUGGAAUAAAGAUGUUGGCACAUGGAUCAAUCUAUGUGUACUUGUGACCGUUCUCUCGUCCACCAAUACCUAGAAAUGUUGAUAAAUUCAUGUCUGCUUCAAUAUAUACUUAAGCAACAUUGAAUAAAAUAUUUUUCAACAAAUAAUUCAAUAAUUAUAUGAAUAUGAUAUAGAAAAGAGUCAU